AUGGAAACGACUCCGAGAGAGUCAAGACAGCUCGAUCUGUGGACGUCGGAGUUUAUCACCUUUGCUGCUGCGACCGUUUUCAUUGGAUUGAGAUUGUUGAGUCGACGACUCACGAGGAUUGAGUUCUGGUGGGAUGAUUGGUUUGCUUUAGGUUGCUACUCUGUGGCUAUUGCUUGGGUAGUCAUCAUCCCGAUUUGGAUUCAAGAAGGACUCGGUCUUCAUAUCAACGAUGUCAAAAAUGGCCGAACGAAACCCGAAAUUCUUAUGAAGAACGCUCUCAUCCUAUACGUUGCCGAACUCUUCUACGCGACCGCCCUAUUCUGCGCCAAAGCUUCCAUCCUUAGUUUCUACUGGCGCAUGUUUCGAGUCACCAACAUUAAGCUCCCGAUUCAAAUCCUUGGAUGUUGUUCUUUGAUCUGGAUUAUCAUUCGAACUUUCAUGGGUAUCUGGCAUUGUAUUCCUAUCGAUCGAUUCUGGAACCCGACUGCUGGUGGAGAUCAAGGAUUCUGUGCCAUUGAGGAUAAGAAGUUCUUCUUCGGAACCAUUCUGGUCCAUGUCAUUCUUGAUGUUUGCAUUAUCGCGUUGCCUAUUCUGCAGGUUCUCAAGCUUCAGCUACCUCGAGCACAAAAGAUUGGUAUCUCACUGAUGUUUGUGUUUGGUAUUGUCAUUUGUGUUUCUGCUAUGGUCAUUAUUGUUGCUUCGACACAAUUCGAUGCUGCUUCGGAGAACCUGACCUGGAACUUGACUACUAUUGUCGUUUGGGCUUCCGUCGAAGUCAACCUCGUCACUGUAUCGACCUGUCUCCCAACCGUUCGACCAGCAUGCAUGUACCUCUUCACCUGCACCCACCCCCGCUCAACCAUCAACUCUGGCUCCAACAGCUACAGCCACUCCUACGGUCGAAGCCACGGUCGAAGUCAAACCAAGAACACGAUCCGCCUUUCGACUCUUCCCAACGGCAAAGACGACGAGUCGAGCUCAACACACCAACUUGCCGAUUCGGACCGCGAGCGUCACUCGUCAGACUUCGAGAGCCAUGCUAUGGAUCGGUACAGGGCGAAUGUUGCUACUGUUACCGGACCUGCGCAUGGAAGGGGUGGUUCAGACGAGUUUGAGGUUGGAACACCGUUCGGGGGGAUUAUGGUCAAGAAUGAGACAACUGUCAAGGUUUCGAAUGCUAGGUAG